UCGCGGGGUUUAGCGUGGCACUGGGAGGCCGGGCUGGGGGAAGGGGGUGGCGGUCCGUUAUCGGCGUUGGGUUUCGGCCGCUGUAACCGCGCUUUCUCCUCUGUGCACGGGGAGCUGCUCAGGCUGGAGGCCAGCCAGGUGAAGAGCUUGCCCGCUUGAGUCUCUUUCCGCCGCCUCGGUAGCGAUGGGGGCGCAGGACCGGCCGCAGUGCCACUUUGACAUCGAGAUCAACCGGGAGCCGGUUGGUCGCAUUAUGUUUCAGCUCUUCUCAGACAUAUGUCCAAAAACAUGCAAAAACUUCCUUUGCCUCUGCUCAGGGGAGAAAGGCCUUGGGAAAACAACUGGGAAGAAAUUAUGUUAUAAAGGUUCUACAUUCCAUCGUGUGGUUAAAAACUUUAUGAUUCAGGGUGGGGACUUCAGUGAAGGUAAUGGAAAAGGUGGAGAAUCAAUUUAUGGUGGCUAUUUUAAAGAUGAAAACUUUAUUCUCAAACAUGACAGAGCGUUCCUUUUGUCAAUGGCUAAUCGAGGGAAACAUACCAAUGGUUCCCAGUUUUUCAUUACCACGAAACCUGCUCCGCACCUGGAUGGGGUGCAUGUUGUCUUUGGACUAGUUAUUUCCGGUUUUGAAGUAAUUGAACAAAUUGAAAAUCUGAAAACUGAUGCUGCAAGCAGACCUUAUGCAGAUGUGCGAGUUAUUGACUGUGGGGUGCUUGCCACAAAAUCAACAAAAGAUGUUUUUGAGAAAAAAAGGAAGAAACCAACUCAUUCAGAAGACUCGGAUUCCUCUUCCAAUUCCUCUUCCUCUUCAGAAUCAUCUUCAGAAAGUGAAAUUGAACGUGAGAGAAGCAGAAGAAGGAAACAUAAGAGGAGGCCAAAAGUUAAACAUCCUAAAAAAAGACGAAAGGAAGCAAGUAGUUCAGAAGAGCCAAGGAAUAAACAUGUAGUGAGUCCAAAAGGUCACUCUGAGAGAAGUGAUAACAAUGGGAAAAGGUCAGUGGAUUCAAAUGCUAAAAGGGAAAAGCCUGUGGUCCGCCCAGAAGAGAUACCGCCAGUGCCUGAGAACCGAUUCUUACUGAGAAGAGAUAUGCCUCUUGUCACAGUGGAACCUGAACCGAAGAUUCCUGAUGCUACACCCAUUGUAAGUGAUCAGAAACCAUCUGUGUCAAAGUCUGGACGGAAGAUUAAAGGAAGGGGCACAAUUCGCUAUCACACACCUCCAAGGUCAAGGUCCUGCUCUGAAUCAGAUGAUGAUGACAGCAGUGAGACUCCUCCUCACUGGAAAGAGGAGAUGCAGAGACUGAGAGCAUACAGACCUCCUAGUGGAGAAAAGUGGAGUAAAGGAGACAAGUUAAGUGACCCCUGUUCAAGCCGAUGGGAUGAAAGAAGCUUGUCCCAAAGAUCGAGAUCAUGGUCUUACAAUGGAUAUUAUUCAGACCUUAGUACAGCAAGACACUCUGAUGGUCACCAUAAAAAACGCAGAAAAGACAAAAAAGUUAAACAUAAAAAGAAAGCUAAAAAGCAAAAACAUUGCAGAAGACACAAACAGACUAAGAAGAGAAGGAUUAUUGUACCAUCUGACAUAGAAUCCUCGAAAUCUUCUACCCGACGAAUGAAAUUCCCUUGUGAAAGAGAAAGGAGAUCUCGUUCUUCCUCGCUAUCCUCUCAUCACUCAUCCAAGAGGGACUGGUCUAAAUCUGAUAAGGGUGAUCAGAGCUCUUCCACCCAUUCCAGCAGAGACUCAUACAGAUCCAAAUCUCACUCCCAGUCUUACUCUAGAGGAAGCUCAAGAUCACGGACUCCAUCGAAAUCCUCCUCACAUUCUCCAAGUAGAUCAAAGUCCAGAUCUAGUUCCAAGUCAGGGCACCAACGGACAGCAUCAAAGUCCCCCAAAAGAACAGCCCCUCAACUAAGUGAAAAUAAACCAGUUAAAACAGAACCUUUAAGAGCAACAGUGCCACAGAAUGAAACCAUCCUAGUACAACAGCCAGUGGUGGCAGAACAUAUUCCUGUAAUACCACUGAGUGACAGUCCCCCUCCUUCCAGGUGGAAGCCUGGACAGAAGCCCUGGAAGCCCUCUUAUGAGCGAAUUCAGGAAAUGAAAGCAAAAACAACCCAUUUGCUACCCAUCCAAAGCACUUACAGUUUAACAAAUAUUAAGGAGACUGGUAGUUCAUCAUCCUACAAUAAAAGAGAAAAAAAUUCAGAAAGUGAUCAGAGUGCUUAUUCAAAAUACAGUGAUAGAAGUUCAGAAAGUUCCCCAAGGUCAAGGAGCAGAUCCUCUAGGAGUAGGUCUUAUUCCAGAUCGUACACAAGGUCGAGAAGUGUAGCUAGUUCACACUCGAGGUCUAGGUCUCCCUCAUCUAGAUCUCAUUCACGAAAUAAAUACAGCGAUCGCUCACAAUGUAGUAGAUCAUCUUCAUACUCUUCUGUUAGCAGUGAUGCUGGAAGACGAGCAAAGAGAAAAUUUAGAUCCAGUGGGAAAAAUAGCACUUCACAUAAAAGGCAGAGCAGCAGCUCUGAAAAGGCACCUUGCAGUAAAUAUACCAAAGGCAGAGACAAGUCUUCGUGCCCGAGAAAGUAUAGCGAAAGCAGGUCAUCCUUAGAUUAUUCUUCAGACAGUGAACACUCAGGUGUUCAGGUGACACAGUCAGCCCAGGAGAAAGAGAAGCAAGUCCAAAUGGAAAUGAAUAACAAACGAGAGAAAAACAGAGAUGAAGAGAAAUCCAAGCCUGAACGGGAAUGCCCGCGUUCAAAGAAAAGAACUUUGAAAGAGAAUCUUUCUGAUCACUUUAGAAGUGCCAAUAAGCCCAAAAGGAAGAAUUAUGCUGGGAGUAAAUGGGACUCUGAGUCGAAUUCCGAACGAGAUGUAACUAAGAGCAGUAAAAAGAAUUCCCUGCCGUCUUCUGAUAAGGAGGAAGGUGAGGCCACAUCAGAUUCUGAAUCAGAGUUUGGUGAAAUUCACAUCAAAGCCAAACCCACAACAAAGUCUUCAACAAGUUCUUCACUGCCCGAUGGUAAUGGUGCUUGGAAGUCAAGCAAACAGCGGUCAUCCACCUCUGAUUCUGAGGGGUCCUAUUCCAACUCGGAAAACCCUAGGGGAAAGCCAAGGAAGCACAAACACGCGUCAAAGGAAGCUCUGAAAAGGGAACACACCAAAAAAGUGAAAGAGAAAAUGAAAGGGAAAAAAGACAAAAAGCAUAAGGCCCCAAAACGAAAACAAGCAUUUCACUGGCAGCCCCCACUAGAAUUUGGUGAAGAGGAGGAGGAGGAGAGUAAUGAAAAGCAAGUGACUCAGGAGUCACAGGAGAAAAAACAAGCUUCUGAAAACAGUGAAACUACAAAAGGAAAUAUCCCCCAAACUGAGAAGCCCUGUGAAGACAGCAGCCUUUCAGAUAAACAGAAUGCAAUCACGAUUUUAUCAGAUACUGAGCAGCCUGCUAAUGAUGAGAGUAAACUCAGCAUUUCUCCCACACCUUCAGCUACUGAGGAAAAUGUCGCUAGUUCUCCCCCAAACAUUCAGCACAUUGAAGAAAGUGUCCCAGGCGGAGUGGAAGACAUGUUUCAAGCAGAUGACAACAUGGAGAUUUGUACUCCUGAUAGGAGUUCCCCAGCAAAAGUGGAGGGAACAUCCCCUCUGGGAAAUUCAAGGCUUGACACCCCAGACACCGGCAUUGUUGUAAAGCAGGCAGAGCAUCCUGCGGCAGAGGUGGGGAAACAGGGAAGCAGCGUGUCUGAAAGCCCCACGGUGCGGGAGGUGGGGAAACCCGACAGCAGCUCUGCGGGUUCAGCCAGUGCUGUGGAAAGCACAGUGAGGAGGGAGGCGGCCGAAAGGGGUCAGGUCAGCCUCCUGGAUAAUAAAUGGAAGCCCCUGCAAGGGGUGGGAAACCUGGCAGCACCAACGGCUACAUCCAGUGCCGUGGAAGUUAAGGCAUUGACGGCGGUGCCUGAAAUGAAACCACAAGGCUUGAGAAUAGAAAUUAAAAGCAAAAAUAAAGUUCGGCCUGGAUCCCUCUUUGAUGAAGUGAGAAAGACAGCACGCUUAAACCGGAGGCCUAGAAAUCAGGAGAGUUCAAGUGAUGAGCAGACACCUAGUCGGGAUGGUGACAGCCAGUCCAGGAGUCCAAGUCGAUCUCGGAGCAAAUCUGAAACCAAAUCAAGACAUAGAACCAGGUCCGUCUCCUACAGUCACUCACGAAGUCGAUCUCGAAGUUCCACAUCAUCUUAUCGAUCGAGAAGCUACUCUAGAAGUCGGAGCAGAGGAUGGUACAGCAGAGGCCGCACAAGAAGCCGGAGCAGUUCCUCCCGCAGUUACAAAAGUCAUAGGACGUCCAGCAGGAGCAGGUCCAGGAGCACCUCAUAUGAUCCCCACAGCCGGUCCAGAAAAGAAUUAACAUUUUUCUGUUUAAUAUGCAGGUCCUACACUUACGAUAGCUACUACAGCAGGAGUCGCAGUCGCAGCCGCAGCCAGAGGAGCGACAGUUACCACCGAGGCAGAAGCUACAACAGGCGGUCCAGGAGCUGUAGAUCCUAUGGCUCUGACAGUGAAAGUGACCGAAGUUACUCUCAUCACCGGAGUCCCAGUGAAAGCAGCAGAUAUAGUUGAAAAUGUCCCCUUUUUGAUAUGAAUUAUAUCUUAUUUGUAAAUAUCUGGUAACUUAAAAGUUUAAGAAACUUAAUGGCAGUCUGUUGUUCUAUUUCAAUAUUAGAACUGAAUUUCAAAAAUAGGCACUUCUUAAUUGUUACUUGUUCAUUUAUUUGUGUGCAGAAUUUAAAAUACAGAUAUGUCUCCUAAAAAUAUUUUUAUGCCACAUUUUACGUACAGUAGCCAACUAUGGAAGUGAAUUUCAUUUUCUUGAAUCAAGAAACCAUGAAAUUUUAGUAUAAUUUGCAAUAUUAUUUUAGAUAGAUGUUUUCUCUCCCAUCUUCGGUGUUCCUUAGAAUGUAGAGUUUUUUUGCCCAUUGUUCAGGUUCAGUAUUUGCUGCCAAGCACAGACCUGUGGAGAACUAUUAAAGGUGGCCAAAUGUUUAUAUACCAGUUACAGAGUCUAACACAUAUGUGCUCUUAAAAUCAAGCCACCUAGAUUGAUACUGAUGGUAGCCAGGAGCAUGAGGUAGUGGCUUUGGGGCUCUUGAUUCAUUCCUUCUGUGUUGUCUCAGAGGAUCAGGAAAGUGGUCAUUACACAGCCCGCUAUCUGUAUUACUUCAUGUUGGCAGGCGAGGCUGAGAAUGAAUCAGCCUUAACUAUAGUACGUGCACCGGCUGAGCACCUCAUGCUUCAUGUGCUUUCUAAUAAGCACUCUCAGAAGUUUAGACUGUGAAAACCAUUCUACUCCACUUCACCCUUUGGUGCUUGGUACCUUUUGGUGCCUCUUUAGGCGUUGUUCUUCUAUACUAUACGUUACAAUCUCUUAAGAGAGAAAUUUAAAAAAAAUUUUUUUUAUUCACUGGCACCAAACACGGUUCCUUCUCAGCUAUAUUCACUGAAUAUUUGGAGGGGUCCUCUCAGGCCAUGAUGUGGGCUGGGGGUCUCCUGGGCCAGGCAGGAUUGGCAAAAGGGGUUGUGUGGCCACUGUCUCCUUGGCUGACGUGUGUGCCUCUGGAAGGGUGGACUGAAGAAUGGACUUCAAAAGUACCACCAACAUCUACCUGCCUCCAUCCCGCACAUGUGCGGGGCUCCUAAGUCUUUCAAGUAAGAGACACAGCAGUAGUUGGACGGUUCUAAGUGGUUUUCCUGUUUCCGCUGUGGCCACGCUGACUCAGUGAAGCCUUGGUGACAUGACUAAACCCAGGACAACAGACAGGGAAAGAGGUGUACGGACUGCACAAAUUACACGUUCAGUUUGGGGUGGUUCCUCCAAAAAUGACUUGACCUGUAAAAACCGGUGUGAUUUUUUGUUUUAUCUGGUUGGAGUUUUUCCACAAGUGUACUUAAUCACCUUAGUGCCAGUUUAGUCCAGUUAUGCAGAAGAAAUGCAUAUGGGAUGUCUGACGUAGAACUCGGUGCCAUCCUGCCCCGGGCCUUGCCUGGUGUACUUGGGAUGGGGGAAAGAGCCCUUCGUUGGAGGGAUUGGACAACCCUUGAAGGGUGGAAGGAUGAUCUUGGAUGUAUUCAAACCAUUACCCAUAAAAGGUUCAUUAACAGGGUUAAGGGGUCAGUAGUUUGCCAAGUUGAUAGAUAAGAGUACAUUAGAAAACAGGACUUAAGUCAAAUGUUCUUGCUAGUGAAUACAAAACAUUGUGUGAUUCACAUGAGGGGUUUUCAAAAGUUGCCUACAAUGGAGAAUAUUGCUUUAAUGAUACUCAGUGGGGAAAAUAACUGCAUUUAGAACCCAAACAAAAACUGCCAAAUCUAAUUAUGUUAAGAAAAGUUACCCUUGGGCAGUGUGUUGGUUUUCUAUUGCUUUGUAAAUAAUUACCCCAAACUUGCAGCUUAAAACAAUACCUGUUUGUUAGCUCCCAGUUCUGUAGCUCGCAAUCUGGCGUGGUAUGGCUGGGUUCUCUGCUCAGGGUGUCACAGGCUGAAACCAAGGGCCAGCAGGGCAGCAUUCCCCUAUGGAGGCUCUAGGGAAGCUGCUUCCGUGUUCAUUCAGGGGGUUAGCAGUAUUCCGUUUCUGUCGGGGCCUCUCGGCUCCUAAGGCUGGUCCAGUUCCUUCCCAUGUGCUCCCCUCCAUGUUCAAACCAGUGGUGGCCAUCGAGCCCUCCUGCUUCAGAUCUCUCCGCCUUCCUCCUCUGAUUUAAGGUUCAUGUGACUAGAUCCAGCCUACCGAGCUAGUCUCCCUAUUUUAAGGUCAUAGAACAUAUCAUCACAGGAGCGGUCCCCUAUUCACACGGUCCUGGAUUGGGCAUGGAUAUGGGGGUGGAGGGGGCACUGGAGAAUUCUGCCUACCACAGGCAGUAACUUCACCCACUGGGGCUGCGGGUGGAGUUUUAUCCUGAAAAGGUGGGCCCUGGAAGCCUCAUUUGUUUUCUCCAUUGAAAAGAACAGCCCUCGGCUGCAGCCUUCAGCUUAUGUGUUUACUGAAUGAACUACAGAGACAGUUUUUCUUCCUAAGGGGAUUAUUCUGUAUUUUAAGUUAUUUUAUAAAUAAAAUUGAAUUAUGUUGUGUAUUGUGCUUAAUAGAAAAUGCAUUGUUGGACUGUUUUUGUAAUGUCCUGUUUACUGCAAAUGAAACAUGAUAUGGCUGGUAUUGUUUAAAAACUAGAAAAUAAUUUUGUACAUAUCAGCAAUGUGUAAUUUGUAUACACUUCGUUUAAAUUCCCCAAGACUUGAAAGGGGGACCUUGUAGAAAUUAAAAUAUAUACUUAGUCUAA